CUGGUCGCUCACCACCACGACAGUCGACGACUGCGACGACACUGACGGCGGCGGGCCUCUGCCAGCUCGACCAGGCCACCAUUGACUCGUUCCUUUGCAUUACUGUCGCUUCCGAGAACUACCAUAUCCCUUGAUGGCUUCCACUUCGACCCGCUCGCCACCCAAUGCGUACAGCUCCUACGAAAUCGAUCCGCCUCCGCUGCAGCACCGAGUCUCUAGGAAGUCGUCCAGGACAUCCUUCUUGUCUCUGAAGCGGACGAAGAAGAAGUCGGUCUCGUCCAUUGACCCCUCUCUUCCCUCGAUGUCUCCGACGCCGGGACAGUCUCGCGUCGGUGAUGAGUCCAUGUCACCAUCGUCGUUCCAUUCCUUGCAGGACCCCUCCGAAGCCAUUUUGACUGGCGUCUCGCGUCAAGGUUCUCGUCAGGGCCGUCAUAGCAGACGGUCGUCCCGGAGCUCGAGGCAGGACCAAGUCUCCCUCCACAGCGCCAGGACUCGGAGCAGCGAGCGACAGCGCGGCAAGAAAAAGGUCGUGCCAUCGCAAAUAGAGUCCCAGCCCUUCCCUACAAUGGGCGGUUACGAACUAUCGAUGUCCGAUGAUCGCUACGCGAGGCGUCGUUCGCGUUCCCAGAGACACACCGGGUCUUCUUAUCUUGACGACUUCGACGAACUCGCGUUCCAUAACCGACCCUUCAACAUAUCCCUCGUAGACUCGGCCUCCUCAGUGCUCAGUCACUAUGAUGCACCACAGACUCCCGUAGAUGACCAUUUGUUCCGGGAUCCCGUGUAUACCCUGCCGGUGGUGGUCGCUGCGCCCGUACCUGGGGUGGAGACGAUGGAUGCGUUGGUGGACGGUAUGAACGACAGCUUCUCUGACGACCACUACACCGGAUCUGGCGGGCUGUCUGGUCGGAAGAAAGCAUCGAAGACUGGACAUCAUCCGCUGUAUCAUCCCCCGCUACCGAAACCUCCUCCUGGAGUGGUCUUGGGCAGGGUCGGCCAGACUGCCACUUCCCCACGCUCGCAGGACUCGGAUGAGGACGAGGAGACGGAACAUGCGCCUGUCCGGAGUUGGUCUGAACAGCGCGAGCAUAGGAAGAAACGUCGUCCUGCGUCUGCUCGCAGCCCACCCACAAUCACUUCAACUUCAUCUCACCCAGUUUAUCCUUCGCGACCUGCCAGAUCUGUUUCCACGAGGUCAUCGCGCCAUUCGUCUAUCGCGCCUAGUGCGCUGGAUCCAUCUACUCCCCCACGUCCACCUACUCCUCCACGUCCCGGCAGCAUUCUCUUUGCCCGCAGCCCGCCUUCCAUUUCCACUGCCACGCCCACGAACCAGUCAAUCAUCGCCAAGGAACAGACCACGCCAACGAGCUACGUAUUAUGGUCCAGGCCGACCAGCACUUAUUCUUCCACCUCCGGCCCCAGCCCAAACUCCGCUAGCUUCACAGAUUCGUCGUACACUUCGCAGGAAACCAGUGUUCCGUCAAUCACUUCGCAGGAGACUAGUGUCCCGUCUACGAGUGUGUAUGACAGCUACCAUAUCGCGGGCCCUUCGAGGGCAGUGGCGCCGUCCAUCUCGGAAAUCAUUCGCGCGCACGCCCCACCUGCUCAACGAGCACGCUCGCGAAAGUCAUCUUAUGCUCGCAGUUUCGGCCACGAGAUGCCCGCGAGACUCCCUCAGCCGUCGAAACCCCAAGAAGAGGCCUACCCGGUAUCUCGGUCAUCCGUCGACACUAUAGCUGAGGAGGUGCAACGGACUCUCUCUCGAGUACUUGCACCGUCACCUGGUCCUCGACCAUUACAUCUAUCCCGCUCCUUCCCCCGGCUUCCAGUAUCACAGAUCGAUACCCGGAACGGGUCAUCCACUCGCUCUGAAGGCCGCCGCGAAUCCUCCAUUUUCUCCUACUCGACUACCUCCGAUCAACCGCCUAUACCUGGGUUUGAUCUGUCGACCUUGACAAAACCGCCAACCAACUCACCGUCACAGGCCAUCGCUCAGUACCUCCGCUCUGCCCGUCUCACUACUCUUCUCCCUCUGACUCGUUUCCCGCAUGCGUCGGAGGACCACCCUUUGAAUGUCAGUCUGUCCGACUUGGGCAGUCCGACAGGUCACCCUGUCGUCGUCUUCCUCGGGCUGGGGUGCGUGAGGCAUAUCAUGGGCCUCUAUGACGAGAUGGCGGAGUGUCUGAAUAUCAGACUGAUCACUAUCGACCGCUGGGGCCUAGGCCGAACAGACAGCCCGAGGAGCAAGUCGGCGCGGGGAAUUCCAGAGUGGGCUCACGUCGUAGAGGAGGUGCUUGACAGGCUGAAAAUCGACCAAUGCAGUGUGAUGGCGCACUCUGCAGGGGCACCGUAUGCCCUGGCCUUCGCUAACAAGUAUCCAGAGCGGGUACGAGGCGAAGUCUGUCUCUUGGCCCCUUGGGUUGGAGGGGGAGAAGGUGCUGGCUACAAGUGGCUGAAGUACGUUCCGAACGGCAUACUCAAGACUGCUCAGGCCGCCGAGUGGAAGAUACAAGCCUGGAUGAUCGGCAAACCCCCUUCGUUCCAGUUUGAGGGAAUCGGAUUCGACGCCAGUUCCCCUGUCGCCUCACCUGUCGCAUCCAAGUCUCCUGUUACUUCUCCCUCACCCAUAGCGUCCCGUUCUGACUCAACGCCAACGCCAACGCGUCAAUCCACCUCACACCUCGAGACCAAGACUGACGUGGAUCCCAGACCAAGCAUCUCGUCAAUUGCUUUCAGCGAGUACGAUGACCUGCGUGAUUUCGAUGGAUGCUUUGAGAGCCAGACAAGUCUCGGGCGGAAGAGCACGAAUUCGGACCAAAAAGGCGCAGAGGCGACCUCAAGCAAGGCGAUCCAGCGGAAGGCGUCGCGCAGCUUCCUUGGACGACUCAAAAGCGGGCAGCCGCAGUCUCCGCAAGACGGUGGCCAUCGCAGUGGGACCAAAUUGAAGGUCCUGCGGUCUAUGGGUAAUCUUAAAGGGAAGAAACCUUCACCAACGUCGCCCGCAGGGCCACCGCCAGUACCUCGGCUUCCGUCACCCCUGCCGCAAGCCAACGCGGACGUUGGGCUCGGCCUCGACAAUCUCGACCUUGAUGGUCUUGACUUUUCGGAUACGAUACGGAUCAAAUCUACCUCCACGCCUCCAGCUGUGGCGACCUCUCCAUCCUCAAUGAACGCAGCGUCGAUCGACUUCCCGGACGAUGACCCCUUCGCCUUACGCGCCAAUGGACGACGGUCUAUCUCCUUGUGCGUCGGUGAGCGCCCUGCCCUUCCAAUUCCCGAAGCCGACGACACGCCUGCCAGCUUCCAAGCGAUGCUGGGCAACGCGCUCAUCCUGAACCACGACCGGCAGCCGUGGGGCUUCUCGUACGCGGCGUACCCGCACACGGUGCGCGUGUGGUACGGCGAGCACGACGAGCGCAUCGCGGAGAACGCGGUGCGCUGGAUGGAGAACACGAUGGGCCGCGAUAGAUGCUUCGUUAAGGUUAUCGAGGGAGCGGACCAUGCGCUCAUGUACAAGGGCAGCGUCGUGAUCGAGGUGUUGGAGAAUAUUUCUGAGUUCUGGCGGGAUCGUGAGUUUCGUCCUUCAGAUUCUUGAGUGACUGAAGUGCCACAUAAUUCCCCCUCGUAAGCUCUCGUGUCUACUUACGUCUCCCCUCUGCGUUACCCCCAAAUGCUUUUCCCGCUUGUUGCAUUAUAUACCUUCUGUGCCAUAUACCUUCGAUCUUCGUUCACCCCUCCUUUGCAGUCAUUGUAGCACUCGUAACUCUCGCAGCGGAUCGCCAGGAGUUCAUCGUUAUUUUCCCGCCCCCGGUCCUCACGCCUCUUUCGGAGCAAUAUGUUACGUUGGAUCACCCCAGAUUGGUUACCCUUUUGACACCUAUAUGAAGCACUUACUAUAAUCGUGUACGCGUAGAGUCCUCCCUCCUUAUUACUUAUUCAGAGCAGUGGCAUCUGCUGGGCAUUGCACGAUUCG